ACGGUUGCUGAGCGGGUCUGGGAUCCCAGUCGCCGCGCCUUCCGCCUGACUGCCCCUAGUCCUUCUUUCGGAUCCCGAGCGACCUAACCUGAGCCCGCGUGCGACGGACUAAGAGAAUUCCCUGAGCUGGUGUUAGGUGCCACAGUCACUGGGAAUCUCACCAGGAAGGGACGGACAGAGCUAGGGGCCAGCGAGAUGGCGGACGAGUCCUUAGCUGGACUGGAUGAAGGAGCCCUGCGGAAGCUGUUGGAGGUCACAGCGGAUCUGGCAGAGCGGCGGCGCAUCCGCUCAGCCAUCCGGGAGUUGCAGCGACAGGAGCUGGAGCGAGAGGAGGAAGCCCUGGCAUCCAAGCGCUUCCGUGCUGAGCGGCAGGACAACAAGGAGAACUGGCUGCACUCUCAGCAACGGGAGACCGAGCAGCGGGCUGCCCUGGCGCGGCUGGCGGGGCGGCUGGAGUCCAUGAGUGAUGUGGAGGAACUGACCUCACUGCUGCGAGGUGCCGGUGAGUAUGAGGAACGCAAGCUGAUCCGGGCCGCCAUCCGCCGAGUAAGGGCCCAGGAGAUUGAGGCUGCCACCUUGGCUGGAAGGUUGUGCAGUGGGCGUCCCAACAGUGGCUCAAGAGAGGACAGCAAGGGGCGGGUAGCACACAGGCUGGAACGGUGUGAGGUGCCGGAGCCAGAGGAACAGGAACAGCAGGCAGAGGUCCCAGAGCCAACCCCAACCCCUGAGGUCACCAGCCGGGAUGUGACCACAGUGACACUCCUGCUGCAGGCCCCACCAAGGAGCACAUCCAGCUUACCUGCCUCACCUGACAGCUCACCCACCACUGCUUCUCCUGAGCCUCCACUGGAGCCUGCCAAGACCCAGUGCCCUGCUGCCGAGGCUUUGGGCAGCCCCAAGCUACCCCGCAGCCCAACCAGGGCUGCCAGCCUUGAGCCCCAGGAGCCUCCAGCACGCCCCAGCACUGAGGGGCAGGAGGUCAACAAGCUCCUGCCUGGCCCCACAGAGCCCCCUGCUGCCCAAGACCCCACCAAAGGUCCCUCCAACACAAAGAGAGCAGACCUAGCUGGACCCCGUCCCUUCCAACGUUCCCUGUCCAUGCUCAGCCCCCGCCAGCCAGCCCAGAACCGAGAGCCCACCCCCCUUGCCAGUGGACCGUCCCCGUUCCAGCGGGCUGGCUCUGUACUGGAUCGCGUGCGCAAGUUUACAUCUGAUUCUCCUAUGGCUGCUGGGCUCCAGGACGGCGCACCCCAGGCAGUCCUAGGCCCCUCGACCCCUGCAAGGCUCCUGGGCCCCUCCUAUGUCAACAUCACCCCUGCCUCCUCCUCUGGCCACUCCUCACAGAGCUCCUGUGACACCUCUUCCCGGUUCAGCAAAGAGCAGCAAGGAACAGCCCGGCCCCUGGCCCAACUUCAGAGCUGUCCCCAGGAGGAGGGCCCCAGGGGGCGGGGCUUGGCUGCCAGGCCCCUUGAAAACGCAGCAGGGGGGGCCGCAGCCUGCUCAGAGGAGCCCAGUGCCCUGCUGCCCGUGGCUGUCAGCACUGCCGAGCCAGGGACCAAUAUGAAGACCACAUUCACCAUUGAGAUCAAGGAUGGCCGUGGCCAAGCCCCCACAGGCCGGGUGCUGCUGCCCACAGGCAACCAGAGGGCAGAACUGAUGCUGGGGCUGCGGGCACCCCCCACCCUUCUCAGCACCAACAGUGGGGGCAAGAGCACCAUCACCCAUAUCAGCGGCUCUGGAACACCGGCCCGGCUGGGCAGUGUUACUCACAUUACCAGCUUCAGCCAUGCCUCCCCUAGUGGCCGAGGAGGCUGCAGCAUUAAGAUGGAACCAGAGCCAGCCGAGUCCCCCUCUGCAGCAGUGAAAGUGGCCAAUGGCACUGAGCAGACCCGGGUGGACAAAGCACCAGAGAGGCAGAGCCCACUGAGUGCCGAGGAGCUGAUGGCCAUUGAGGAUGAGAGCAUCCUGGACAAGAUGCUGGAUCAGACUACAGCCUUCGAGGAGCGGAAGCUCAUUCGGGCUGCACUACGUGAGCUACGACAAAGGAAGAGAGACCAGCGGGAAAAGGAACGGGAACGGCGGCUGCAAGAGGCACGGGCUCGGCCAGGGGAGGGCCGUGGCAACAUGGCCACCGAGACCACCACGCGACACAGCCAGCGGGCAGCCGACGGCUCAGCUGUCAGCACUGUCACCAAGACUGAGCGGCUCGUCCAUUCCAAUGAUGGCACAAGGACGGCCCGCACCACUACAGUGGAAUCAAGUUUCGUGAGGCGCUCGGAGAAUGGUAGUGGCAGCACCAUGGUACAAACCAAGACCUUCUCCUCAUCAUCAUCCAAGAAGAUGGGCAGUAUCUUCGACCGCGAGGACGAAGCCAGCCCACGGGCUGGCAGCCUGGCGGCGCUGGAGAAACGCCAGGCAGAAAAGAAGAAAGAGCUGAUGAAGGCGCAGAGCCUGCCCAAGACCUCGGCCUCCCAGGCACGCAAGGCCAUGAUUGAGAAGUUGGAAAAGGAGGGCGCGGCUGGCAGCCCUGGCGGACCCCGCACAGCAGUGCAGCGCUCCACCAGCUUCGGGGUCCCCAAUGCCAACAGCAUCAAGCAGAUGUUGCUGGACUGGUGCCGUGCCAAGACACGUGGCUACGAGCAUGUGGACAUCCAGAACUUCUCCUCAAGUUGGAGUGAUGGGAUGGCCUUUUGUGCCCUGGUGCACAACUUUUUCCCUGAGGCCUUCGACUAUGGGCAGCUCAGCCCACAGAACCGGCGCCAGAACUUCGAGGUGGCCUUCUCAUCUGCUGAGACCCAUGCGGACUGCCCGCAGCUCCUGGACACAGAGGACAUGGUGCGGCUUCGAGAGCCUGACUGGAAGUGCGUGUACACGUACAUCCAGGAGUUCUACCGCUGUCUGGUCCAGAAGGGGCUGGUAAAAACCAAAAAGUCCUAACCCCUGCUCGGGACCCCACGGAUGCUGGUGGACUGCGUGCCCCUGGUGGAGGUGGAGGACAUGAUGAUCAUGGGCAAGAAGCCCGACCCCAAGUGCGUCUUCACCUAUGUGCAGUCGCUCUACAACCACCUGCGGCGCCAUGAGCUGCGCCUGCGCGGGAAGAAUGUCUAGUUUCCCCCGCCCGCAUAGCCCGCCUGCAGCAACUGCCCCCACCAUCCAGGCACCCUCCUCUCCCUGUGCGCUUGACCACCGCUGCCCUGUCUGUCGCAACACCCUCCCUCGCACACACACGCAGUUUUGAUAAAUUAUUGGUUUUCAACGAC